UGAUAUCGUCACGUCUUGAGGAAAAGAAUCAGUGCCUUACGAAAAGAACCAGUGCCUGGCGAUCGAAGAGAAGACAGCGAAAGGAUCUUGAAAUACAAUGGGGUGGAGAAGUUCUGCAUCGAUGUUGGUGUUGACCUCGCUACUGUUGUCAGUGUGCCGAGGAACGAUUGCACCACCGCAAUCAGUUACCUGCAGUACAGAAGCGGAUGACAUCACUGGGGACACCUUCAGGUACUCCAGUUCUUGGCCUGCCUUCCAUUUCAUGGUGCCAUCUACUCAGUUACCAACAAACAGUGUUACCCAAUCCUGUGGUGGCAGUUUGAACCAGCCCACAGGGAACAUCACAUCCCCGAACUGGCCGGACCUGUAUGAACCGCGUGACAGCUGUGAUUGGCGGAUCACUGCGCAAGCGGAGGCAUACAUCGCGCUGAGUUUCACCAGCUUUAACCUUACAGGCUCUAUCUUUAGUGGAAAUGACUGCCAGCUGACAGACAGGGUAACAGUCUACGACGGCAACGACGCCGAUAGUGACGUCAUCGACACGCUGUGUGCAGCUCGGCCACCUUCGGGAGUACUUCGGUCGAGCGGUCGGCACAUGUUCGUGACAUUUCGGGCACAACGAGUCGGUCGCUACCCAGGAUUCUUUGCAGUGUACACUGCAGUGUCAUCUGCAGUUUCCCCCGCUGACUGUGGCUACGCCCUUGGCCUGGAAAGCAGACAGAUCCAGGACGCCCAGCUGUCUGCGUCAUCGCAGCUGCCCAGCUACGAGGCCUGGAAAGCCAGGCUAAACGGGCCCAUAGCCUGGCAGUUUAACUUGUCACACGAUAGUGAACCCUGGUUACAGGUAAACCUCACAACGAACCGCUUCAUCAGCGGUGUGCAGACCCAGGGAAAGUGGGGAGGGUGGCUGACGUCAUACAUGGUCAUGUACAGCGUAGACGGACUCACGUGGGCACCCUUUGGGGAGGGAAAGGUCUUCCCAGCGAACAGUGAUGGUGUAAACACCACCCAGAAUAUCCUGGACCCUCCCAUUCUGACGACCUACGUGCGCAUCUACCCUCUCUCUUGGAAUGGAAACGUCCCACGACUGAGAAUGGAGCUGCUUGGAUGUACAAGAUGGAGUACGCCAAUGACGUCGAGUCAGGUGACAACUAUGCAACCCGUAACGUCAGAAACGGGAACGAAGACAGCACAACUUCUGACGUCAGGGGGUGGGACUAGAACCACGCAAUCUCUGACGUCAGAAGUCAAAACUACAACCCCACAACAGGUGACGUCAGGUGUGACGUCAGAAAUUGUAAGGACGACCCCGAAACAUCUGACGUCAGAAGUUGGUACUACAACCGCGCAAUACCCGACGUCAGUUGGAAUGACUGCGACCACGCAACGCAUGACGACAGGAGAGGCAACGUCGCCCACACAAACAACGUCAGGAUCGGAAGCUGCGACCACAGACACGCCUGAACCGGUGACUACGACCACGCAACAUGUGACGUCAGAAGGAGGAACUACGACCACCAAACAUGUGACGUCACAAGGAACUACGACCACGAGACACAUGACGUCAGAUGGAGGAUAUACGUCACCACAUUACGUGUCAACGUCAUCUAUUGGCCACACAGAUUCACUCGUGACGUCACCGCCAACCUACACAACAACGGCAUCAUCGACGAAGAUGACGUCAGCAAUGAUGUCCUCUACAGAACAACCCAAACCGACACCUCCAGCUACCAAACCGGUUACAACACCAUCGAAAGUCACCGACAAGCCUGAUGUAGCAACAUCACCGCCUACGACACAUCAGAAGGAUCCAACGGCGAAACCUCUGACGACAAAAGGGAUUGACAGCAAGCAGACCACCAAACCACCGGCCGCGUCAGAGUUACAAAGCGGCGAGAGGAGCAGCAUCGUUCCCAUAGCAGCAGGAGCGGGAGGGGCGGCACUACUCCUCAUCAUCAUCAUCAUCGUGUCUGUCGUCUGCUACAAGAAGAAGAAAGCAAGGCAAAAUGAAGACAAGGCCUCUCUUCCGCUCAACGAGAUAAAGACUGAAUCUACAGUCGGUGCAGAGUUCAAGGAUCCCCCGUACUUAUACCCCGGACAACAAAACCUGCCGCUCGCAUACACUAACCAACUCUACGAACACGUCAUGGAGAAACAAUGA